CCUGUCUGAUUCUGACACAAAAAAAUAAAAUCUUUCUCUGCCCGGCGGCCCGGCCUUGUUUAAUUCUAAAACCUAAGAAUAGACAUCAGGCGAAACUGAGUUGAAAUGGAGGACUACAGAGACGGGAAACUAAGCAUAUACAGAGCAGCAAGAAGCAUAAAACGCAGAGACAACACAGUCUACAACGCAUUACAAUCAAUCCACGAAGACUCAAUAUUUGUGGGCGAAAUCUCUCAAUUAUGGCCAGACCUUCCUCUUAUAGCCAACCUCCGCUGUGGCCUCUGGUACUCUCCAAAAUUCCAUUCUACUUGUUACUUCAAAUCCACUGAUGGUCACACCAACAAUUGGUCCUUCAAUACCUCUCGCCUUAAUCUCCAUGUUGCUCUUCUUUCUGGACAGAAAGGAGGAUGUAUUAUCGUGGAUUCUACUCGCAAAGGGAAGAGGUUUCCUGAUAGCAUGUCCAAAACAAUACCCAUUUGGACGUGUGUUUUGAACCGUGCUAUUCUUAAUUAUAGAAAUAAAAUGCUUGAUUCUGGUUUGCUGAUGAAUAGGGAGGUGGCGGAUUAUUCUAAUUGUGCUGAAGAUGUAAAACUAAAAAAUCAUAUUUGGGAUUGUUCUUUGCAUCUACCACUUUGGGUUCCAGAUACAGAGAAAGCGGCAAUCGAGGAACGUAUAGAAAAAUGGACUAACCAGUUGGAAGCAAGUGGAGCUGAUAUUGCAUCUAUUUCUUCCUGCUUGAAAAAGCCUCUACGCCCUUUAUGGAUAUCACAGAAGACUGUAAUCUGGUUAAAUGAAGUACCUGAUCAUAAUCAGUGGGAUUUCACUCCUAUUAUACUUGUUUCUGCUUCUUCUUCAAGUGAUGUUUUUCGAAAUAAGACUACCUCAGAGUUUAGCUGGAAUUAUAUUCCAGGAGCUGGAGACGAUGAAGAAAGUUGGGCAAGGGGUUUGACACCCACCCAUUUCUGGAGUCAUGUGCAUGAUCUUAUUAGUUCAGGACCUGAUCUUUGUAACCAAAAGGUAGCUGAUAUAGUUGAAAAGGAUAGAGUAUAUCGUGCUCAUAGGGGAGAGUAUGCUCCUCAAGUUACUGUCAAGAAUCUGAAGAUGGCUGAUGGUGUGGCUGAUGUUUCUAAUGUAGAACUACCAUUAGCUUCAAAUAUGCAUAGUGAUGAUACUACUUUACAGCCAUCUAAUGAUUAUUUUACAACAUUUUGGAUAGGAUCAACCAAUCUUGUUGUAGGAACAACUAAACAUGCUGCACUUAUGUCUAAUGUUGAUUGCAUAUUGAACUGUGAUAAAGAACCAGUCUCUAUCAAUCUUCCAGAUUCUGAAGCCCAUUUGCAUCUUCCUAUGGUGAGCUCGAAACUGGAUAGGUUUUCCUUGUUCAACAAUCUUCCAGCUGCGGUGAACUUUGCAAAAUUGAACCUUAGAAAAGCACAUAGACUUCUAGUUUGUUGCCGUAGUGGUGAAGAUAUCAGCGUGUGUAUUUGUCUAGCUAUUUUGACAUCAUUAUUCGAUGAUAAAGGAACUUUUGAUGAUGGAAGAUCUUUCAGCAAAACAUGUAUUACUAAAUUAGAGAUGCGGCGCCGACUUGUAUUUGUCUGUAAAUUUGCAAUAACUGCCCGACCAUCAAGAGGAAAUUUGAAACAGGUUUUUGGUUUUCUUACUGGAGGAAGUGCUGCUUCUGCCUGACCAUUACUCUCCACUUUAACAUUGUUAAGCUGCUUGUAGGCUGGCAUAACCGCAUAAGCAAUAGCUUAGGACACUCCUGGAAAAUCCACAGCUGUGCAUCUUACAACAUUGAGCAAGUCUUUUGCAACUGUUCAAAACCUCUUGCACAGUAACACUGAGCUAAAACAGUUUUUGUUUCUCUCAUACAUCCGUCUGCACAAGGUCAAACUUUCUGCUGAACUAGGUUUGCACUGUUCUAUUAUUUGCUAAUUACCAUUUCUUCGCGUUGAGCGCU